UGCUAUUUAUAGCAAAGCCGAUCUAAUUUCCCAAUCGGCUCCUUACUUCUGCCUCCAUCCCCGGCUCCCAUUUCCUCCAGAUUCCAACAACUGAGCGCCGCCGCUGCCGUAUCGGAAACCGUCCAAACCCGCCAUGGAGGUUCACGCAGUUGCCCUGACGGCUCCGCAUCUAAACGGCUUGAAGGGCGACUUCGAUCCCAUCGCCAUCGUACGAGCGGAGCCACUCCCUCCCGUCGUGGCCGCGGAGAACGGCGUCCACGGAAACGACGACAAGGGGAACGGCGGCGCCAAGCAGAAGGAGAUUGUGCUGGGGAGAAAUGUUCACACGGCGUGCCUGGAGGUCACGGAGCCCGACGCUGAUGACCAUUUCACCGGAGACAAAGACGCAUACAUGGCCGCCGUCCUCGCUCGCUACAGAAACAACUUGCUCGAGCGGACUAAGCAUCAUCUAGGUUAUCCUUAUAAUUUGGACUUCGAUUAUGGUGCUCUGUCACAAUUGCAACAUUUCUCCAUCAACAAUCUUGGGGAUCCAUUUAUUGAGAGCAACUACGGUGUUCAUUCACGACAGUUUGAAGUUGGCGUCUUGGACUGGUUUGCUCGGUUGUGGGAGAUAGAGAGAGAUGAGUACUGGGGUUACAUAACCAAUUGUGGUACAGAGGGCAACCUUCAUGGGAUUCUAAUGGGGAGGGAAGUAUUUCCUGAUGGCAUUUUGUAUGCCUCCCGGGAAUCACAUUAUUCUGUGUUCAAGGCAGCUCGUAUGUACAGAAUGGAAUGUGUCAAGGUAGAUUGUUUGACAUCUGGUGAAAUUGAUUGCUCGGAUUUGAAAAAGCAACUGCUUGCCAACAAAGACAAGCCAGCCAUCCUAAAUGUCAACAUAGGAACAACUGUCAAAGGAGCAGUUGACGACCUCGACCUUGUAAUAAAGACCCUUGAAGAAAAUGGGUUUCCACAGGAUCGAUUCUACAUUCAUUGUGAUGGAGCUUUGUUUGGACUCAUGAUGCCUUUUGUGAAACGGGCACCGAAGGUCAGCUUCAAGAAACCAAUUGGUAGCGUGAGCGUUUCGGGACACAAAUUCGUUGGAUGCCCAAUGCCAUGCGGUGUCCAGCUCACAAGAAUGUCCCACAUCAAGGUCCUCUCCAGUAACGUCGAGUACCUAGCAUCACGAGAUGCCACGAUCAUGGGUAGCCGAAAUGGCCACGCACCAAUCUUCCUGUGGUACACCCUGAACAAGAAGGGUUACAAGGGGUUCCAGAAGGAGGUCCAGAAGUGCCUCCGCAACGCCCACUACCUCAAGGACAAGCUCCGCGACGCGGGCAUCAGCGCGAUGCUGAACGAACUCAGCAGCACGGUGGUGUUUGAACGCCCCCACGACGAGGAGUUUGUGCGCAGGUGGCAGCUAGCGUGCCAGGGGAACAUUGCUCACGUGGUGGUGAUGCCGAACGUGACGAUCGAGAAGCUGGACGGAUUUUUGGAGGAGUUGGUGAAGAAAAGGAAGCUGUGGUACAAGGGUAGUGGCGGAGAUGGAGUGGCGCCAUCGCCGCCUUGUGUUGCCGUGGAUAUUGGGAGUGAGAACUGUGAUUGUGGUUUGCACAGAAAGACAGGAUUAGAUGUUUUGUUUUAGGAAGGAGAGAGCUUGAUCGUCUCUAAGGGAGGAUUUGGUGUUGUAGGAUAGUCUUUAUUUGUUGUACGCCUAGAAUAAAUUGUGCUUCCUACUUAUUUAUGAGGGGUUUCAUUGGAAGGAACUUUUCAUCUAGCACUUCGUUGUUAUAGACGAACAAUGGAGUUUCUUGGAGGAUGUAGUUUAUGGUUGGUGCUAUGCUUUUUGGCUUAGUAUUUUAUUUUAUUGAAUUCAGUGGCGAUAACAGGGAGCAAAUGGUGGCCUGAGGCAUAACACCCCACCGGUCAUCCGUCGAAACCGGUAUUCAACCCAACAAACACAAGCUCAAACCCCUUUAUCAUGGUUUUCUCAUUGUAGCCAUAAUAGUAUGUAUUCGCUUAAUAAUCAUGACGUCUGUUUUAGUAGUUAUAAGAUUGUUUUUGCUAUUUUUAUGCACUUUUAGAGUAUUUCAUGUGUUUUCAGGUC